AUGUCCUCAUCCAAUAAACCACUCACCUCUGUCAAAGUGGCUGUCAGGAUUAGGCCAACAACCACUCAAGACUCCCAUUUAAUUCCUUCAAGAUGGCAGAAUUCUGUCGUUGAACCUUCCUCCAAUUCCUCAAUCAACAUCCACAAUUCCUCCUUCUCCUUUGAUAGGGUACACGGACCUUCUGACACUCAAAACACUAUCUACAACGACAACGUUGAUAAUCUCGUAAAUAGCUUUGUUGAUGGUUACAACGUUACUAUCCUCGCGUACGGCCAAACUUCCUCGGGUAAAUCCUAUACCAUGGGUACUUGCAUCUCAGACAGCGCACAUGAUACCUCAAUCGACUCAUCUACCGGUAUCGUCCCUAGGGCAGUGGAUCACAUCUUCCACUCUCUCGAUUCCAAAGGCGUCGACUUCUCCCUCAAAAACUCUUUUGUUGAAAUCUACAAUGAAGAUUUAGUCGACCUACUUGGCCCAAUUGGUGUUGAAAGACCUCCCGUUACGAUCAGAGAAGCUUCCAAUGGUACCAUCAUUUGGUCCGGUUUGAGAGAACCCCAUGUUGCCUCCUCACAGGAUGUUCUCAACAACUUAUAUACCGGUUCCAACGUCCGCCAAACGAACGAGACUGAGAUGAACGCUAAAUCCUCUCGCUCUCACGCCAUCUUCUCUUUAACUCUCACCCAGAAGAAGUACGUCGGUCCAGGUCAUCCUCCUCAAUCAUCUCCUAAUCCUCCUUCCACUCCUCGCUCUCGACCUUCUUCAAGUAUUGCUCAAAGGGUCGCUUCCCCUUCGUUUAAUCGUCCUUCAACUCCUACUUCUUCUUUCAAAUCUGGCUUGCGUCCACCAUCUAGUAUGAGCAACAGAUCUCCAUCACCAGCUAAAAAACCCAUCCAAGAUGAAGAUGAUGGUAAUUACAUUACAAUUACUUCUAAAUUUCAUUUCGUCGAUUUAGCUGGUUCUGAAAGAUUAAAAAGAACAGCUGCUGAGGGUGCUAGAGCUAGUGAAGCUAUAUCCAUCAAUUCUGGUUUACUCGCACUCGGUAAUGUUAUCAGCGCUCUCGGUGACCCUUCUAAAGCCAGAGCAAAAACUUAUAUACCAUACAGAGACUCAAAGUUAACCCGCCUCCUACAAGACAGCUUAGGUGGCAAUGCUCAAACCACUAUGAUUGCCUGUGUUAGUCCUGCAGAGUACAAUACAAGCGAAACCAUAAAUACUCUCAAGUACGCCAAUAGAGCUAGGAAUAUAAAAAACAAGGCUGAAGUUAAUCAAGUUGAUGCUGGUUGGGAGGACAUUGAAUGGUUACAAAGUACUGUCACAAAGCUGAGAAAGGAAUUGGGUACCCUCAGAGCAGGUAAGAUACCUGACACCUCAAGCUCCACCAACUCUUCUAAAGAACAAGUCGAACAUCUAGAAAACAAAUAUGAAGAGUCUACUUCUGAACUGGAAAACUUACGCUUACAACUCUCUAACGCCGAAGAUUCUCCAAAUGUACAACAGAAAGCUUCAUCGUUUGCAGAAAUGGUAGCACCGGUGAUUGAGGAGUAUGAGCGUACUAUAAAUACACUAGAAUCUGAACUUAAGCUGACAAAAGCUGCCGUUAGUCAUACCAACAUGGUUUACUCCGAAAGAGAGAGUGAAUUUGAUGAGCUUGCCGAUAGAGAGGCGAACCAGACUAAUCUAAUUGAACAACUUCAUGGGAGGUUGCAAAAGUUGAUCACUCGAGAGUCCACCACUGAAGCUUACGUUAAGGACCUUGAGAGUCAGCUCAAGGUUUUAACAGAAGGCGACGAAAGCUCUGCCGCUGCUCUCGCUGAUAUCAGGAAAGAACUCGCCAAACACCGUGAAUUAGAAUCUAAGAAUGAGCAAUACAUACUCGAUGUCGAGAGUAAGCUGAAUGGUGUUGAGCAUCUCAAUUCUGGUUUGGUUGAAAAGGUGGAGAUGCUCGAGAAAGAGGCACAUGAGCGUGAUGAGCAGCUUGAGCAACUUGAACUACGCCUCAAUUUAUAUAACGACGGUGAUGACAGUAAGGCUAUUCUUGCUACAGUCGACAAAACCAACGCGAAGCAUGCACAUAUGGAGGUUAGACUAGAGGAAUUAAUCAACGAGAGGGAAAAACUGUUUGAAGAGAGCACCAUACUGAGAACAACCGCUGAGCAAGAAGGUUUUGCACGUAAUGAUGCCCUUAGACGUCUUGGGGAAGUGGAGUCUGAAAAGACAAAGAUCGCAACUGCGUUCAAAUUGGAAGGUGGAAAGAUAAACACCAAUGGCAUUGGUAAUGGUGUUAAAGAGAUAACACCUCCAAAUACGCCAGGCCAGAGUCAAUCACAAGAUGAACAUAUUCUCAAAUCUGAAUUGGUAGAAUUGAGAGUUGAAUUACAGAAAAUACAAAUGUUGCACAAAAAAACACUCAACGAGUUAGACACCCUUCAAUCCAGAUAUCGCGAUGCAUUGAAGGAGAUUGGUGAAUUAACUGGACAAAUUGAAGAGCAUAAAUUAAUCAACACCAACGAAGAUGGUGUUAUCGCGACUGGUUCUCAACCUGCAACUCACAUAGUUGACCAAUCAACUGGAAAAUUGAGAAGAAAGUUAUCGUUUGAGUCUGGUGGUAUAACUUUGCCAUCUGGAUCUGGAGCAGUGAAGGAUGUAAAACGAAACAGUAUUUCUAUUCCACGCAGAAAUUCACUGCAGAAUUUACAAUCACCAACCAAUUUGGCAAGGACAUCGGCUUUUUUUGGUCGUCAGCCCCUCGUAACAGGAGGUGGGAAUGGAGGGGCGACGACAUCGGCAGCGACAUCCGCAACAACACCAGCAACAAGCUCAAUGACACCAGCGACAAGCUCAACACCCCCACCAUCAGCACCUCCAACAACCCAAAAAGGAAAUGGACAUGCGCGUACACCCUCCUUGUUAUUAUCCCAGGAAUUAUCCUCGCAUCGUCAAUCGCGUUCGAGCUGGGCAGGUCCUCCGUCACCAGGAGUCAGUCCUCGACUUAGCAUGAACAAUUCGCCUUCAAGGAGUAUUGAAAGUCUUGAAAGAGAAAUUCAAACACUUCAAAAGACUCUCAAGGAUAGAGAUGACGAGAUUGACAUGCUUGAAAAGGAGAUUCCUCAGUUGAAGAGGGCUAGUAGUGCUAAGGAGGUCGAGGGCACAGGCAGUGAUGUCGCGUUUGAAAGUCACAGUCACAGUCACAGUGAUGUUGACGGUGAUAAAGACGCGGACAUCAAACAAGAGCAUAUCGCUCGUUUCAAUGAGUUGAUGACCUCCAUGGCAAUUAAGGAGUCUGCCCAUAGUGAACAGAUUGAGCGACUGAAAAGUUCAUACGACCUCGAAAAGCGUCAGAAUGAAGACUUGAAGUCGCUUACCAAGAUGCAGAUUACCAACAUGUCUACCGAAGUAGAAGCUUACAGAAAUCAACUCGAAGGACGCGACAAUGAACUCAAGAAAUUGGAGGAGAGUCUCGAAGAAGCCGAGAAGGAGUUCACUACAGCAAAAAAGACAUUAACAGACGCCCACUCCAUCGAGCUUGCCAGUGUCAAAGCUAAACACCAAGAGGUCCUCUACAACACCAACUUGGAAUACGAUAAGAUGUCUAACAAGACAGAGAAAGACGUUGAGCGUGAAAGUCUUAUAGAAAAGAUCAAGAUGUCCCACGAGAAUUCACUCAACGGAAUCAAAAAGGAGUAUAAAGAAGUUGUCAAUGUACUCAAAUCUUCCAACGAAAGUCUUAUUAAGGAGGUUGAAGAAGUGAAGAACAGGAUGACAUCCAAUCACGAAGAAACUAUAAGCGAGCUACGCAGAAAACAAAAAGAUGAAUUAGAGAGAGCAUCACUUUUGGCAAGUGACGCUCAAAGCGAGAUGCACGACGAGUAUGCAAAAGUCAUCGAGGGUAUGAGGAAGGAGUAUGAUGAGAAGGUUGUCAGCGAUCGUGAACGCCAAGAUGUUGCAAACCCGCUGGAGGAGGAGUUGCGAUUUGUGAAGGAGAGUAUGCAAGGACAACAAGUUGAGACCAUCAAGCUCAAGGAGCAGCUUAGUAACGCUGAUGCUGAGAGGGACGAACGCGCAGGAAAUGCUGACGAGGUUGCUGCUUUGAGAUCACAGCUGCAAAUGCAAAAGGAGCGUAACGAAAGUGAUCAGAAGAACUUUGCGGAAGCUCUCCAGACGAUCGAAGGUGCCAUCAACGAGAGAGAUAGUCUGCAGGUCGAGAGAGAUGAACUACAGGCUGAAGUGAACGACUUUACAUCGCGCAACAACUCGUAUGAAUACCAACAACUCGAACUGACACGAUCGAAGGAGGAAAUCUCAUCCCUCACGCAUGACAGAUUACGUUUGGAGAGUGCGUUGAAGGACUACGAAAAUGUCAGAAUGAAGGAGAACGAGUUACAAUCGCCGGUUUUAAUAGAUGCAGCACCAAAGUCUCCACGUUUGUCUAGAGGCAACUCAGGCGGAUCUAAUGUUCCGCCUCCGACACCGCCACCGUCGAUACCCCCACCGCCACCACCUCAGAACGGUAAGCAGAGACAGUCGACGUCAUCACGUCCGGAGAGUGCAGCAAGCAUCCGCUCGCAGAAUGAGAUGCACCCAGAAAGUAUCAAGCAGCUGGAGGAAGCUGAGCAGCAGAUAAAGACGCUUACCAAGCAACUCGACCACUGCGAGGCGGAUCUCCAGGCGAACAUCGAUCUCGUGCAGACGUUGGAGAAUGCAUUGAUGGACUCAGAGAGAUCUCUAAGAAAGGCGCGCGUGAACAUGAACGAUCUGGUUAAGGACAGAGACAUGGCGACAGCGCAAGUCACCCAACUGCGACAAGAGAUCGAUAGCAAACAGCAGGAGAUCGAUAGUACCAGACACAGCGUCGUCGAGGAGAGGAGACAGUCUGCACUCAAGCUCGACCAGGAGAGGUCGCAGAGAGACAGAGCCAGAGCCCAGCUCGAGCAGCGUGUCGAAGACAUGCAGAAAAGAAAAAGCAAAUUGCGUUGCUUCUAA